GUCGCCGGAAGAUUACGCACAUAAAGGGUAUAUUUCGCCUGUAAGCACUAUAGGAGCUGCGUUUACUUGUUCUAAGGAAGUAUUUUAAGUCUUGCAGUUGCGUCGCCUAUUUUUCCAGACAGGGGUCCAUAUUUUUUAAAAGAACCAGGAUGAGCGACGACUGCGGAGGCGGAGGCGGGUGCGACUCGGGAGGCGGAGGCGGGUGCGACUCGGGAGGCGGAGGCGGGUGCGACUCGGGAGGCGGAGGCGGAGGCUGGUUCGACUCGGGAGGCGGAGGCGGAUGCGACUCGGGAGGCGGAGGCGACUCAGGGGGAGGAUGGGAUUCUGGCGAAGGAGGAGGAGGAGGAAGCAGCUGCGACUUCGAGUACGAGGAGACUUCUAGCGGUCAUCGAGUCAGGAUACCGAAGUCGAGGUCAAGCGGCGGGGGCAGCGGUUCGAACGACAAGAUAUUCCUGUAUGUUUUUUCGUUCUUUAUUCUCCUGGGGCUCGUGAUAUAUCUGUUGUAUAGGUUUGCCUUUUGAGUUUUGGAAAUGUGGCUUGAUGUCUCUUAGUUUCACUCCUCUCUGUCUCUGUCAGUCUAUUUAUCCUUCUAGCUGUCUGUCUGUCCAUGUGUCUAUGUAUCGGUCUAGACGACAUUAUGUCUGCCUAUCUUGCCUCUGUAUUCUCUUAUUUGUCUACAUCUGUCGGCCUCUUUUAGUUCAUUUACUCCCCCCCCUCUCUCUCUUUUUCUGUCUCUUUUUCUGUUUUGUAUUGGAAUCAAAAACUACCUGUGUGGAAGGUUAGUAUUAACAAGUCUCUUUGUUACACAUUAAUUAUUAAGCAUUUUUAUGCAGUAAUGAAUGUCGUGCAUGUUUCGUAUAUCCCUUAUCCAUACAUCUACACCAAAAGAAAAUUAUGGUAGUUUUUAUAUGAAUUCUUUUGUAAUUCCUAAUUUCGAAACAUGAUUUAAUUUUAAUUUGUGAUAUAUGAUUAUAUUUUUUAAUGUAAUCCAUCCCGUUACACGCUGUUCUUAAUUGUUAAUAUCCUUUUAAUGUGUGCAUGAAUUAUUUUUGUUAAUGGCGGAUGUGAUGAAAAUGAAUGAACGGCAUAAAGGUAUAUAUAGCCAGAAAGGAAAAAGGGAGCGAUUUGAAGGUAUAUGAAUGAGAAUGAUUAAGUGAGGAUAUUUCGGGGUCGAGCUCACAAGCACCGCGCCCUCGACACUCGCUGCCGCCUUUCUUGGGGCGCAAUGAACCCCAAGGCAAAGACCAUCCUUUGUCUCGUUUAUAUCUGACGGCAGCGUCCAACCUGUCUCGCUGGGAUGUUCUAUUAUAAGACUAGUUUCGUACUUAUGUAAUAAAAGUGAUAUAUAAACUCGAA